ACACUCACAAAAGCUGUGGCUCAGUUGAGAGAACGCGAAGUUGCGUUCCUCUUCCUCAGAGACUAGCUGUGCGAAACAGCACCAGUUUUCCUGGCUCUCUUCCGGUACAGGAAUUUUCGGCCACCAUGUUCCAUCGCAGAAACAAUUCUCAACAUGACCAGGAAAGCGAUGAACUUUAUACUGAAUCGAAGAUUAAAGAUCUCAUGGCUGCAGUCGGACCCUUAUCUGGACGCAGCUUGAAGUACUGCAGUGAUGAUUGCUUGAAGAGAUAUUUGGAAGCUCGUAACUGGAAUGUGGACAAGUCCAAGAAGAUGUUGGAGGAGACGCUGAGGUGGAGAUCAACCUACAAGCCCGAGGAAAUCCGCUGGCACGAGGUCGCAAUGGAAGGGGAGACAGGGAAGUUGUACAAAGCAGGUUUUCAUGACCGUCAAGGAAGAAGAGUUCUUAUAUUAAGACCCGGAAUGCAGAACACGUCGUCACUUGAAAAUCAAAUGCGGCAUCUGGUGUAUCUUUUGGAAAAUGCUACUCUUGACCUUCCACAAGGUCAGGAACAAAUGGCUUGGCUGAUAGACUUCACUGGCUGGUCCUUCGGUAACAGCGUGCCCGUCAAAUCAGCCAGAGAGACCAUCAACAUUCUACAGAACCACUAUCCUGAAAGGCUCGCCAUAGCAUUUCUUUACAACCCCCCUCGAAUUUUUGAAGCUUUUUGGAAGAUUGUAAAGUAUUUCCUGGAUACCAAGACAUUUCAAAAGGUGAAGUUCGUUUAUCCCAAAAACAAAGAUAGUGUGGAGCUCAUGAAGUCGUACUUUGAUGAGGAAAAUCUUCCCACGGUAUUUGGAGGAAAAGCCAUAUUGAACUAUAAUCAUGAGGAGUUCAGCAGACUGAUGUCUCAGGAUGAUCUGAAAACGGCUGCCUUUUGGGGAUCUGAUGACAGGCUCGAUAGUAAUGGGCAUAUUUGAGACAGUCCGUCCCAGCGAGCUGAGGUACCUGCCUUGCCCUCCCCCAGUUGGGUAAUAAACACUGCAUUCACUGUGUUAACCACACUAGUUGAUAAUUCACCACAUUUAGGUUAGGGAACAUCUUCAGUUAAGUUGGUUACUGAACUGACUCCUGAUUCUUAUCCCAGAUAAACUUGCAACUGAGCUUAAUUUUUCGAAAACAUCGCUAUGUAGUUGAGUAGAAAGCAUUUUUUACACGCAUCAAGUAUGCUCUUCGUUUCCAAGAUAUUGGUACUUUACUCUUCAUCUGUUGUCCACGAAACAUUCAAUUACAUGAAAAAUGCGUCUCAAAGU